AGAUGGAAAGUGCUGAUUGGGAGAAACAGGGGGGAAAUACAGAAAAGACGCGGGGGCGGAUUUUGUGAAGAGGCCUAUUCUUUCAAGAUGCACGAGUCCGUUCCAAACUAUACCCAAAAAAAGACAGAAAAUAGGAACACAUAACGAAAUCGAAAUAAAAAGAAUUGAGUUUUGCACAUAACAUUGUGGGAAAACAAGAGAAUUAGCAGUAGCCUCUCUCCCUCCAGGAGAGAAAGUCAGAGGGGGGAAGGAGCAUGGUGAAAACAGUUUAUUUCUGAGGGAAAAAGGAAGAAGAAGAAGGGAAGGGAAGGAAGGGUGGUCUGGGGAAAAGGAAGGAAAGGGUAAUGGGGUUUGACCUGCGCUACUUUGUUAGUUUGAUGUGAGUUGAAUUGAAUUUUUCUCAUUUGAAAUCAGUUUCUGGAUGAAUGGAACGUGAUUUCUUGUAUAGUCAAAAUUGCGGUCUGUGCAUCCCCUUUCAACUUCCUUCGUUUUGAACCUUCCUCCCUUCCUUCCCUUCCUUUUUUUCCCCUCUUAAUAUAAAAAUCCUCAUUAAUCUCACAGAAUCAUCCCAAUUCUGGUCUUCUUCUCUACACAAGUUAGCCUUUUUUAUCUGAUUUUCUUGCAAAGCUUUCAACUUUCCUGGGAAUUCGAAUCGGAAAUGGAAUUUUGAUAGGCAUAUUCCUUCCAUUUCUUGUCCGAUAAGUCUGUAUCUGGAUCUUGGGUCUGCUUGCCAAAUCUGAAUGCUUUAUCCCAAAGAUCACAACUUGAUCAACAAGAUUAAGAUAAACUUUACUGGCCAUAAAACUCUGGUCUUCCUUCAUCCCAUUUCUUCGUCUCUGUUUGACAAAUCGCAUAAGCCCUUUUGACCAAAAGUCAUAUCCAGAUUGUGUUUUUUGUUAGAUCGGAUAGAUGGGCAAUUGUUGUGUAAUCCCGCUUACAAGCCACUCCAAAGAGAAGACGAACAAGAAGAAGAGGAGCCUAUUUGCUGGUAAUUAUGGAAAUGGAGUCCACCAUAAGCUGGUCGUAUUAAAAGAACCAACAGGUCAAGACAUUCAGCAGAAGUAUGUGCUUGGUGGAGAGCUGGGAAGGGGGGAGUUUGGGAUCACAUACCUGUGUACAGACAAGGAAAAUGGAGAAAAGUUUGCCUGCAAAUCAAUCUCCAAGAAGAAGCUCCUGACGGCUGUGGAUAUAGAGGAUGUGAGAAGGGAAGUGGAGAUCAUGAAGCACUUGCCUGUGCAUCCCAACUUUGUCACCUUAAAAGAUACGUACGAGGAUGAUACUGCAGUGCAUUUGGUUAUGGAGCUGUGUGAAGGUGGAGAAUUGUUUGACAGAAUCGUUGCCAGAGGUCAUUACACGGAAAGAGCUGCAGCUGCAGUCACAAAAACCAUUGUCGAGGUCGUUCAGAUGUGUCAUAAACAGGGGGUGAUGCAUAGAGACCUAAAACCUGAAAACUUUUUGUUUGCAAACAAAAAGGAAACUGCACCUUUGAAGACCAUUGAUUUUGGGCUAUCAGUGUUUUUCAAGCCUGGUGAGAGAUUUAAUGAGAUCGUAGGAAGUCCAUAUUACAUGGCUCCUGAAGUGUUGAAAAGGAAUUACGGCCCUGAAAUAGAUGUUUGGAGUGCUGGUGUGAUACUUUACAUUUUACUUUGUGGAGUCCCACCCUUUUGGGCAGAAACUGAACAAGGAGUUGCGCAAGCAAUCAUUCGAUCAAAUUUAAAUUUUAAGAAGGAUCCAUGGCCCAAAGUUUCUGAUAACGCAAAAGACCUUGUGAGAAAGAUGCUGAACCCUGAUCCCAAGAGUCGCCUCACAGCCCAGGAAGUGCUAGAUCAUCCUUGGCUGCAAAAUGCAAAGUCUGCUCCCAAUGUGUCUCUGGGUGAUGCUGUAAAAGCAAGGCUCAAACAGUUCUCUGCAAUGAACAAGCUGAAGAAAAGAGCUCUGAGGGUUGUAGCUGAGCACUUGUCCGUAGAGGAAGCUGCCGGUAUCAAGGAGGGCUUCCAGGUGAUGGAUACCAGCAACAAUGGCAAAAUUAAUAUCGAUGAGCUAAGAAUUGGCUUGCAGAAACUUGGCCAUCAGGUCACUGAGGCUGAUAUUCAGAUUCUAAUGGAAGCUGGUGAUGUUGAUGGCGACGGAUAUCUGGACUAUGGAGAGUUUGUCACCAUUUCAGUCCACCUAAGAAAAAUGGGGAACGAUGAACACCUUCGCAAAGCCUUUGAGUUCUUCGAUCGAAACAAAAAUGGGCACAUAGAAAUUGAAGAGCUGCGAGAAGCUCUGGCAGACGAUAUCGAUGCAAACAGCGAAGAAGUUAUCAGCGCCAUAAUACGAGAUGUCGACACAGACAAGGAUGGUAAAAUAAGCUACGAGGAGUUUGCGGCCAUGAUGAAAGCCGGUACAGAUUGGAGGAAGGCGUCGAGGCAGUACUCGCGAGAACGGUUCACCAACUUGAGCAUGAAACUAAUGAAGGAUGGAUCGUUGCAGGUGACUGGAGUUUGAUGGUGAAACGAUCAUCAUUGCCUACACCUGGGAUUCUUUUCUUUCUUCAUCUUGUUUUGUGUAUUCAUUCUGUGCAUUACAAGCUUUAUAGACUUGCGGGAUGGGUGGGAUCAUAUGCCUUUCUUCAGUAAAAAUUUUGUGGUUCAUGUUUCCUCAUUUCCUCAAGGCAAGGAUUAGCAGGAGAUAAACAAGAGUGAAAGAAAUGGAUGAAAGGGAGGGACUGUUCUGUUCUAUUAAUAUAUUGAGUGUAAAUAUGCUUAUGAAAAUUUGUGCAAAUCUCCUAU